AUGGCCACAGUAACCUCCUCAAGGGGAAAUACAGAUGUGCUCACUGCCAGAAGGACAGAGUCGCAUGAUGUCCCAGGCAUUAUCAGCCUCUUCAGCCCUGUCACAGAAGACCUCUUCGGAAGGAUUGAUGUCACUUACCUCUUAGAAUUAUCAAAUCUUGCUUUGACAAUCUGCAAUGAGAAGAAUGAGGUUAUAGCCCAUGCUGCCUUUCUGGACUAUCCAAAUUGGAAUAUCACUGAUCAGGCUGAAUGGGAACCAUUCCUGCACAAAAACUACACCAACGAUAAGUGCACUCCUUUGAACACGCUCUUCGUGCAUCUCUUUGUGGCAAAGGAAGAUUAUGGAGCUGGAUGUUCCCAAGAAAUUGUUAGGAAAGCUUUCCUCUUACUGCCAGAACUGCAGUUUAUACUUCUCUUUGUACCAUCUGCGGAGAGGUUAGAGCUGGAUGUGAGGAAUGUCUUUGAAAGGAUGGUGCCUGUUCCAGGCUCACCCAUGGAGAGACGCUUCACCUUGCUGGCAUGCCCGAGGCAUCGGUGUCACCCACGGCUGUACGUGCGCCAAGCGAGGCUGGAAGAUUAUGAUGAUCUCAUGCUAAUCUGGACACCUCAAAGUGAGACUCUGAAGGAAACCUAUGGUGAAUAUCUCCUUGUUGAUCUCCUAGAACGUGAAGGUGAAGAAAAUCAGGCAGCUGUUUGUGAGGUUGGUGGCACUGCAGUAGGAUUCAUGAGCUUAUGUUCUGAGGUGAAUGUUUCCUUGUUUCAAGAGUGUUUUGACUUAGGGCCUUUCCAUGGACUCUGUAAACCACACCCUGAGGAUAUUCCCAAAGUGCCACGGAAGCCAAGCGUUCAAGGAGAUAAAGAUGAAAGCAACCAAACAAGUCAAGAGCCAGAACCUGUUUCUUCUCAAAAUUUGGAACAGGUUCCUGAUGCAGAUGCGGCUGUGCAGAAAGACGAAGCUGUGACCGUCUCCCAGUCUGAACUGCCCGUAGGUAAUGUCACCAACAUAGACUCUAAAGGCUCAGCAGCACCUGUGCUGGAGACUGAUCAGGAGGGGGAUUUGCAUCCUGUGUACAGAGGAGCUUCAAAUGUUUUCUGUAUCCGUCUGUUCUGUAUCGAUGAGAAGUAUGAAACUAGGUCACUGGAUUUUCUGCAUUAUGCUUUCAACGUUUUCCCAGACAGAGACUUGUGUGUCAUCCUGGUGCCACAUCAUGUCCCAGAGUUCCCCCUGGUCCAGAGCUUUGUUCGGGCUGUCCCUUCCUGCACUUCCAGGCUGGGUCGGGAGCUGUACGUGUUCCACCGGGCAGGAUUGCUCACGUCAUUUAAUGUAAGAAAAGCAGCAACCAGUGACCUACAGGGUGUCAAAAUGCUCGUUGAAAGUCUUAGCUUGAGUGAAAGGAUAUGGAAUGACUCAAAGAUAUUCACUGAGGCUCGCAGGGAUCCAGAUGGGAUGCCAGUACAGGCUUUUGUAGCAGAAGUUUUGGAUCAAAUCGUUGGUGUUUCUGUCACUAGGGAUGAAAUGGAUAUUGAGUAUAUUCGAUCACAUUACAGUAUUGAGGACUUCAUUCAUUUUAAUGACUACCAGCAAGAGGAACAUGGACAUCUUUGCCACUUUGUCUUGAAUCCUGCAUUUCAUCACUAUGCAAAAUACUUUCUAAAGGAGAUUCUUCGCUUGGGUCACAAAUCUUCUCUUUACUACCCUAUUUAUCCAGAAUAUGUGGAGAGCAAGUUCCAGCAUCCCUGUGCUCAUUCCCUGACAUCUGCCCUUCAUUACAUGGCUCCCGUGCGGCCGAGACGACAGAUUGUCUAUCCUCUGCAAGAGCUUGGCGAAAACGCUCCGUCGGAGCAAGUCUCCAAGGAUCAGCUGAAAUAUUCUUUGAACCACACAAAUCGAAAGCUGGUGCUGGAAUCAAAAGUGUGUAUCAACACUAGAAUUGUGGUGGUUGGUGCAUCUGAUGUUGGAAUCUCUUUUCUGGAAACGCUGGUUUUUUGGCCGCGUCUGAAGUUCAACAACCUGACCUUGAUUUCCAUUCACGGCCUUCCAGGAAAAGACCCACAGAGCUCCAAGUAUAGAAGAUUUUUAAUUAGCAGCCACUGUUUCAAUGAUGAAGAUUAUGCACAGAUGUCACUUUGUUCCUGGGUUAACGUUGUGGUUGGUAAAAUGACGGGCAUAAACCGCAGUGCCAAAUACGUUGUUGUUUCCAAGGAGAAGAAAGUGCCGUACGACUACCUGGUUCUGUGCAUGGGACAGAGCUACCAGGCCUUGGCUCCCAUGGAAGCAGAUAUCAGUGAAGUCAUGAGCCACAGGCCACAGAGGUACACAGAGAAAGUCCCUCCCAAUCACUUCACUCUCAAUGACACCCAGGACUGCUUGGAGGCAGCACUCUGGCUGGAGAAAAACCUCAUCAGAUCCACAGGGAACGUCAUUGUCUAUGGGAAUACAAUUGACAUGUACACCACGGUAGAAAGCCUCUUGUCCUUAGGGAUUGAUGGUUCCCGCAUCCAUCUUGUGCAGGCUCCGCUCAGCUCUGCCGGUCCCUGCCUCGCCGACGCCAGCCUGGAGCGCGCCCUGGGGGAGACCCUGGCAGAGGCGGGCGUGGCCGUGCACCCGGACAGCGUCCUGACACAGUGGGGACAGGGUGACCGUGGCCUCAUCACCUGGGCUGCCUUCACCUCUGCCUCUCACCUCCUCCACCUGCAGUGCUCAGCAUUUUUUAGCUUUGCCUACAGGACUCUGGAUUAUGAAACCUUUGAGGCUAUCACUGAUGCUUGCCUUGUCUUUGAUGGAAAAGUUGUGAUCGAUGCCAAAUUCCACACCAAUGAUGCCAGCAUCAGGGCUGCAGGUCCUCUGACAAAGUUCUCCAGGAGAUACUAUAGGGAUGAAUUAACCCACAGCAACUUCAACUCCAGGGAGAUUGGCUUUGAGCUUGCUGCUUCCAUGCUGAGUCUCUUUGAUUCAUCCCCUCAGCCCAGUUCCGAGCCACCAGAAGGUUCAGACAGACUCAUCCCCAUAUACAGAAGGUGUAAAGUUCAAGGUGGUGUUCUUCCUGGAGGUUAUAACUACUUGCAUAUUUCCAAGCCUGGAAUCCCCAUGCCCUUGGAUGCAGAACAUGACCAGUGUGAUUAUGGGAUGGAGAUUGUAACCGGGGAGGCCAGUCAUGGGAAUUACUUCAGGAUACACUUCAGCAGAUACAAUAUGGUGGACAGCAUCACCUGCUUUUCCAAGGAGCCCUUCCCUGUCUCCAACUACAUCUGCUUGUACGGACAGCACGAGCGCCUCCUCAAUGAUCUGUAUUACCGCUGGAGGGCCGGGCAGCUCACAGACCUCUACAGCUACUUCAGGGAACCUUGGUCCUUGGCCAUCUAUCACGAUCGGUUUAUUGAUCUGCAGAAGGAACUGCGCCAAACCCUGAUGUCAGAACAGGUGCCCGGGCAGCAGCGCACUGCCGCCGAGCAGCACCCCGAGCAGAGACCCGGCCCGCCGGCGCUUCGGGAGCCCGUCCUGCGCUACCUGCGCCUCCACCGCGCCCAGCUGCCCAUGUACGCCCCGACCGAUGCCUACAGACUGAUGCCGGCUGCAGGUAAGAGAGACGCGGGGGACAACGGGGUCUCGCCGUGGCGGGGGUCUCAGUGCACGGCCUUGGCAGUGACGGGGAUCUCGGUGCGCAGCCCCAGCCGUGGGCAGGGGGGGUCUCGGGAGAUCUCGGUGCGCAGCCCCACCGCUGAAGGGGAGUCUCGGUUCGUAGCCCCGGCGGGGAGGCGGCGGCGCGUGCCCGCGGGGCCGCAGCUGUAUGCUAAUGCGCCGCGGCCCGCCACCUGCGGGGCGGCCCCGCGACCCCCCGCGCGCAACCCCGCGCCGCCGCGGACAAAGGGCUGCGGGAGCGGGGCCGCGGCCCGGGGCUCUCCCCGCCACGGCUGCACCUGCCGCAUCCUCGGGGGCUUCGCGCGUGUUUGCUUACACACCGAGCGCGGGGAGCGGGGAGCCUCUGCCCGUUCCCCGUCGCACCUCGUACCCGACGCGCAGCGUCUCGGGCUGAAACCGAGCGCCACCGUCGCCGUCCCUGCCUGUACCGGGAAGCGGGCCUAA